GUACACUCUUAUUUAGUACUGCCUGUCAUAUUUUCAAUUCCUGUUGUUUAUCCCAGUUGCCUUCCUCUAAGAUUUCUCACGGCCUCUAUUACGCAGAGCUUUGGAAUUCAAGACACCAUGUCUGAGCGAUCACCACUCAUCCAUCCAGGCGGCCAAGAGAGCCCAGGCUACGGGUCAGGUUCCCGCCAUGCACCCGAACCAAGUCAGCAAGACGAUGAAACAACAAUCAUCAGCAAAGAGCUCUCAUUCCCACGUCUGGCCAUGAUAUUGAGCACAGCUUGGCUCGGCGUCUUCCUAGGAGCUGCCGACACAACCGUCAUCGCCACUCUGUCUGCCCAGAUAUCUAGCGAAUUCAACUCCCUAAGCCUCCUCUCUUGGCUCGCAACCGCAUAUCUCAUAGCCAAUUCUAUCAGUCAGCCAAUUUCAGGUCGGCUUACUGAUAUCUUCGGCCGUGGUCCCGGUUUGGCCUUCUGUAAUGUUGCUUUCGCGAUUGGGAAUCUCAUAUGCGGUGUCGCUACGAGCCAGCGGGUGAUGGUCCUUGGAAGGGUCAUUGCUGGUAUCGGUGGCGGUGGUCUAAUGAGUAUCCCAGUGUUUCUGGGCUCGGAUCUUGUCCCGCUUCGGAGGAGAGGUUUGGUGGGUGGAAUUGCGAAUCUCUGGUAUGGGUCUGGUGCCAUGGUAGGGGCUGUUUUUGGUGGCUUACUGAAUGACUAUACGAUUUGGGGAUGGAGAAUGGCUUUCUUGAUUCAAGUUAUACCUUCUCUUCUUUCAGCUGUUAUCGUAUACGUCUUGAUCAAGGUUCCGCCGAAACAGUCCGAGAAGUCAUAUAUCAAGCGCAUUGACUUCGGGGGUGUCUUUCUGGUCUCUACCUUUCUGGCAUCACUUGUGCUUUGCCUGAGCUCAGGAGGAAACAUAGUCCCAUGGAUAAAUCCUCUGCCUGUUAUGGCCAUAUCACUCUCAGUCUUCCUAUUCGCGACAUUCAUUUACUGGGAGCUGAGAGCGUCUCAACCGAUCAUCCCUGUCAGGCUUCUGCUCAACCGUACUGUUCUUGCUUCUUGCUUAGCCAGUGUAUUUUGCUCUGCAAUUGCCUUUACAAGCAUAUUCUAUAUCCCUCUUUAUCUCCAGGCUCGUGGGGACUCUGCUACCAAUGCGGGAUUGAAGAUAUUACCAGCAUCUCUUGGGACAUGCCUUGGAGGACUUAUUCCCGGAUACCUGAUGAAAAGAAGUGGGAAAUAUGUAGGCCUAGUGAUAGGCAGCAUUGUUGUUCUUAUAUUCGGGACUGGUCUAUUCGCACUUCAGGAUGACAAUACUCCUACAUGGAUGACUUGCCUAGCAUUCUUUGUCGUUGGCCUGGGAUAUAACGCGGUCUUCACCAUUACGCAGAUCGCUUGCAUCGCUGCAGUAGGUCACACGCAACAAGCCGUUGUCACAUCCUCCACGUACCUAGCACGCAGCUUAGGCGGUACGGUUGGCAUAACACUGGCCUCUGUCCUAUACCAAUCGAGCUUAGAUAUGAGUCUCUGGGCACUAUUCGGGGAUAAGCCUAACGCAGCGGAUAAGAUCCAGAAAAUUAAGGACGACCUGACUGAGAUAUAUUGCCUACCGAAAGCGUGGUACGAGGGGGUUCUCGAGUCACUUAUGCAGGCAUUCGGACGUGUAUGGUUGAUGAUGCUAGCUUGGGCAGUGCUGGCUCUGGUCUGUAUAUCGCCGAUCAAACAACACAAACUUUUUACUACGUUGGAUCGAGAGUGAACAACAACAAUCGGGCAAAGUCAAAAGGAAAUGUCUAUUGGGCGUUGUUGGUCUCAAAAAAAACCUAGUGACAACGCACAGUCGGGGAUGGCGGUUAAGAUUACUUCGGGACAAUGGAUAU